GGUAAAACAUUAAACGUUGUUCAAUUUCCUUCUAUACACUUAGGGAAUCACGCACCUUACAAUAACUUGCUGUUAAACUCGUUAAAAAUUGCCAAAAUCUUACAUAAAAAAUAUUCAUUCCUUCCAUUGAUUACCUAACCACUGUUGGUCUACCACCUCGAUUCACAGGGAUGAGUAGAUACGACUGGAACAAUCCGCCACCGCCCGGCACCGAGCUGGAGCCCAAUUCAGAAGCCAAAAAUGAACAGGACUCGUCUCCCAGUCUGGUGAACAAUUCUCCCAGCCCAAACCAUGAACUGCUUACAGCCAAUGUGGUAUCAAACAGUCCGAAGAAUGAAGAUUCUUCAAACAAACUCAGAUCUUGUUCAGCCUCAGUAAAAAGAUCACCAAAAAGGUCCUCUUCUGGCAGUAGAAGCAACAGGAGACGUAAAAGAUCUAGAUCACAUACAAGAUGGUCCGGCUCCAGAGACCAUCGGCAAAGGUCAAGAUCCAGACACAGAAGAAGAAAAUAUUCAUCAUCAAGAUCAAAAUCCCGCUCAAGCAGCCCUGAAUAUAGACACUACAGAUCGAGGCAUAGAAGGUACAGCAGAUCUAGAUCUAAAUCACCCUCAAGAUCAUACAAUAGACGGUCAUACAGAUCAAGGUCUGGUUCUAGAACUCAUUCACACAGAUCCCACAGGAGUGAAAGGGACAGAAGUUCUAGGUCACAUUAUCAUAGGCACAGACGAGAUAGCGAUUACCAUGACAGAAAUGACAGAGAGCUUGAUGGUGAUAUUUUAGAGGAGGAAGACAUGAAAAUUGAAGAUCCUGAUGAAGAGGACGGUCAAACUGAUGAUCAGCCAGCAGUACCAUUCAGAAAUGAUGGAUCUUUCCUAGAAAUGUUUAAAAAAAUGCAAGAAGAGCAAAAAGCAGCAGAAGAACCUCCUGCUGAGGAGGCAAUUAAAAAACCUGUUGCACCACUAUUUGGCAAAAGACGAGGAGGAAAAGUUCUAAAAACAGGUCUGGUGGCUAAAGUGAGGAAUGUCGAUGAGGACAAGGAUAAUCCUCAAGAUGCUUGGUCUGUUUAUAUGAAGGAAGUGAGAAAGUAUAAAGAGGUGCACUGUGAUGAUGACUCAAAAACCAGGCCUCUGGUAAAAUAAGAGUUUUAUUUUAGUGAGUAGUUUCUUCGAUACAUAUUUAGGUGUAGAUUACUUAUAAAAACUGCUAAAAGUGAAGUGGGGAAGUCGUUGAAUGAAUAAAGUUUUUUCUAGCUUCAGUGUAAAUUUUUUGGUUUUAAGCAAAGAAUUGUUUUUUAAUGUGAAGUAAUCUAACUUAUUAUAUUCAUGUGGUGGUUUUAUAAUAUUUUAUUGGAUGUUAUGCCAUAACAUGUAAGAAAUUACUAACAAUUCAAGGUGGGGACAAAAUCUUUAGAUUUGUCAGUUUGUAGGUUUUGAAUUGCAUAAUUUUCUUGAAAAAUGCAUUUGAACAUAGAUGAACAAAAGGGAUAUGUUAACAAAAUGUCAAAUUCAUUAGUCACAUUUUUCCACAACUUUUAGGCAAGAUGCACACCUAAAUAACAAAUAAUUAUAAAUUUCUCUUGCAAAUUGAAUGAAAGUACCCUUAAUUGUUAAAAAACUAUCACUAUUGCUUUAAAUGUCUUAGAAUAAUGAAAUUCAUUAUCAAUUUUUCACAGGCCAAAUGCAUAAGCCUAAGCAUUCUAUAAAAGUAAAAUAUGUAAAUGUAAUGUAAAAUAAAAAUGUUCUUUAGCAUACAACUUACCAGCAACUAUUAUACUUCUACUGGUAAAAAUAUAUGUGACGACGUGAAUACUUUUUUAAUACCAUAUCCAACUGGGUACAUGUAUGGGAGGUUGGUUACUUUAUUAUUAAAGGGUUGACAUUGAAACCUUGUUGUAUUCAAAAACCCCAUAUUUUGUUAUUGUAUAAGUAAUUAAAGGCCAUUAGAAACCAGGUUUUUUUUGUAUUAUAAUAGAUACUGUUUUUAAAAAACAAAACUUGAAUUUCUGUAUUAUAAAUUAAUAGAGGUACUUGUAACAGUCUACUCUGGUAAAUAAAUAAAGCUUACCAAACUUUUUGAA